AUGUCGCUCCCCGUCUUCAGCGCGGCGCUGGCGAACGCUGGUCGGCGAGCAUCCCUGCAGCCGCGGGUUGGUGUCUACGCGGCACGCCACCUUCAUUCAUCACCGCCCGCGUCGUCUCUCGCUCCUGCUCCUGGCCCCACGUUCUCUACCGACCCUGCCGCACCCAUCACGCAAAUCGCGAACCGUGGCUCGAACCAACUGAGCCUCAAGACCCCCAAGAACGGCGCGGAGUAUGUGCUCUCGACGCUGGACAAGGUGGCGAACUGGGCCCGGCAGGGCUCGAUGUGGCCCAUGACUUUCGGUCUGGCGUGCUGCGCCGUCGAGAUGAUGCACAUGGCCGCGGCGCGGUACGACCAGGACCGGCUCGGCAUCCUCUUCCGUGCGAGCCCCAGGCAGUCGGACAUCAUGAUCGUCGCCGGCACGCUCACGAACAAGAUGGCCCCCGCGCUCCGCAAGGUGUACGACCAGAUGCCCGAGCCCCGAUGGGUGGUCUCCAUGGGCUCGUGCGCGAACGGCGGCGGGUACUACCAUUACUCGUACUCCGUUGUCCGCGGGUGUGACCGUAUCGUUCCGGUGGACAUUUACGUCCCUGGGUGCCCACCGACCGCGGAGGCGCUGUUGUACGGCAUGCUGCAGCUGCAGCGGAAGAUGGGUCGGAGCCGGAAGGGCGUCCUUUGGUACCGGAAGUAA